UGUGCAAGAGAAGGGUGUUUAACCACAAUGAUUGGAAGACUGGCUGCUUUGACUCUCCUUAGUUCAGUGUACCUGAUUCAAACUGCAGAGGUUCUUCACCAGAUUCCUUUGACUGUGGUUAAGGUUGGUGGGAAUGUUACUUUGCAGUGUCCACUUUCUGAAAUGGAAGGCAAAUUCUUCUCCUGGUAUAAGCAGCCUCUUGGAUAUAUGCCCCAAACAGUUGCUACAGGAACGUAUACUCAACCAAAACUUAUAGGACAAUUUAACAAUCCACGUUUCAAAGUAACAGAGGGGAAUGCUCAGUAUUUUCUUAACAUCAGAGAUGUCAGCAAAGAGGACGAAGCAACAUACUUCUGUAUGAAUGGAACAGCGUAUUCAUCGAGUUUUGCUACUGGCAUCUUCUUGGCUGUGAAUGAUCAUAAUCAGCAGAAAUCUGUCUACAUGAAACAAAGUCCGGAGACUGAGUCGGUUCAGCCGGGCGACUCAGUGACUCUCCAGUGUUCCCUUCUCUCCAAGACAAAAGGAAACACAGAUCAGUGUCCAGGUGAACACAGUGUGUACUGGUUCAGAUCUGGAUCAGGAGAAUCUCAUCCAGGCAUCAUUUACACUCACAGCGAUGAAGAAGAGGAAAGAAGUUGUGUCUACAGUCUGUCCAAAACUAUACAGAACUCUUCUGAUACUGGGACUUACUACUGUGCUGUGGUCACGUGUGGAGAGAUCCUGUUUGGUGAAGGAACUAAAGUGGAGACAAGUAUGUUUUUAAAGUCUUUAAAUGUUGAAUUGUGAAAUCUUUAAUACAGUUUAACUUUAAAAGAUGGUCGGACUGGAAUACAAUUUUUUUUAUAAAGAACAUAAAUUGCUAAGUUUUUAGGGUACUCUGCAUAUAUUUAUGGAUACAUAUAUUUUAAGUCCCUUUCAAGUUGCAUAUUUAAGUCAAACAGAUACACAGCUCUCUGACAAGAUAAAUUAUAGUAAAAGAAGAAAUAUUGUUCUUUUUGUCCCUUUCUUGUAUUGUUUUGAAAAUAAGGGGCAAGGAAAGAGUAGAAUGUGGUUUAUUGAAAACACCUUACUACUUCUAAAGGAGGGUGGCUUCAUUAGAAUUGUU